GCAAGCGCCUUUGUGAUUAAGGUGUCGAUUUAACUAUGGAGAAUUUUACUAUUUGGCGUGGUUAGAAACGGAGCGAAUAUGAAGAAAAUAAAAGGAAUUUUCGGUAUAGGUGCAUCAAAAUCAAGUUCAAAACAAUCUUCAUUUAACGUGCAUGGAUAUGAUAUUAAGGAAAAGGAUUUACCAAAGUUACACAAGGCUGCAUGGACGGGCGAUCUUGCAAAAGUCAAGCAGCUUGCGAAGAAGGACCCGAGUGCACUCGACAAAGAAAACAGGACGCCUAUGCACCUGGCCUGCGUUCAGGGUCACACAGACAUCGUGAAUGAGCUGCUGGCCUGGAAUGCACGCACUGAUGCUGGGGACAGUCAGGCCAGGACCCCCCUCAUGAAGGCGGUGGAGUGUAACCAGGAGGGGUGUGUGGAGGUGUUACUGGAGCGCAAGAAGGACCUGAACCUGAAGGAUGCUGACCACAACACUGCCCUACACCUCGCUGUGCUGGAGGCCCCAGCAAAGGUGGUCGCAAUGCUCAUCAACGGGGGAGCCGAUGUCAAUAUCAAGAAUAAGGAGGGGCUGACCCCACUGAUGUUGUCUGUCCGUGACCCCACCAAGAGGGAUGACAUGACACGCCUACUCUUGGAAGGCGGGGCUAACCCCAAUGCUGUCGACAACAACAAGAAGACAGCACUCCACCAUGCCUGUAUGGAGGACAACAUCAACCAUGUGAAACUGCUGCUACAACACAGGGCUGACACCACACUGAAAGACUCCAAGGGCUGGACAGCGGAAGACUGUGCCAUGAUGAAGGCCCACCACGGCUGCUGUCAGAUCAUCUUUGACCACAACCUGAAGACUCGCCCCCGCAACUCCCUGGGGGGCAGCGUACCUAACACACCCCGGGGCGCCAUGGGCUCCAUUUCUUCCAACAUCAGUGCCACCCAUACGCCCAGGGGAGUGGACUCCGUAACAGAACCCAGCUCUGACCUAUUUGGACACCCACAGGGGCACCAAGAUGCAGACGAGGACUCUGAUGACCCGACCGUGAGCCAGUCUAAAGGUGAAGGUCGCCAGGACUCCUGGGCAGACGACACUGACGUCAGCUCAGCCAUGGAUGACCAUAAACUCAAGGGCAAAGUGAAGGUCAGUCUAGCAGGCCGUGUGAACCUCAGUGAUGAUGAUGACGUGGAGAGGGAGGUGGAGUAUGAAAACACGAGGAAACCAGGCAUAUUAAAGAACUCAGGUGGGAUAACACGGCCCAUGCUCAGUCGUACUCCAACCCCAGACGCCGAUCUGAGGGACUCGCCACAAGUUAUGAACGGGCCGAAGACGUCUUCACCCUCAAAAAUCCCAGUCAAAAAGCAGCCUUCGGGCGCGUCCAAUACCUCAGUUGAUGAGGAUGUCUUGGAUGACAGUGACGAGGACGGGGAGGACAUCAGGCGGCGCGUGUCCUUCAGUAACAAACAGGACGUGCGCAAUAUUACUGACGAGGAUGACACAGACAUAGAGGAUGAGGAGGAGGAGGAGGAAGAGGCGGUGCCAUCCAAGAGACCCAAGAUGGCCAACCCUCAAGAUGAAGCUGAUGGAUAUGUUCCUACGGCAACCACUUCUGCAGCAGCAGCCGCAGGAAAACUAUCUCAGGACAAAUUUCAAGAUGAUGAUUAUGUCAAUACAGAAAGAGCCAUGAUGCGAGAUCUGGGCUUGCAAGGCGCUGAUGAUGAUCUUCAAGACAUCAGUGACGAUUAUGAUGAUGAAGAUGAUGAAGAAGAAGUUGAUGAUGAAGGUGACCUUUCUGAGGGUCACAGCGACAGGCAGCAGCCUAGCACUCCACGGGGAAUCCUUAAGAAGUCUGAGAAUGGGAGACCUCCGUCUAAUCAGAGACCAGUGGAGUCUGAUACCCGUAGAAUGCUGGUCCAGGCAGAGAUCCACCCCGUUGCUGGCCCCUACCCUCAGGAGGAGGAGGAGAGUGCGUGGGACACGUCAGGGCCCAGUGAGGGGAACCAGUCUACAGGGAACCAGGCCGGCAAUAUGAGGCACAUGGAUUCGCCCGAGGUUGACAGCGAUCUGGAGAACACGCUGAACCCAGAAAGGUCCCAGGCUGAGAAAAUAGUAGGUGCCCAGUCCAGCCAAUGGGAUUCCACUGAUGACGGUUACACUCCACGAGAUGGUUCAUCCAAAGUCCAUAAAAAACAAGAUGAGAUUGAAGAUGAAGAUGAUUUUGAUGAUGAUGAAGACUAUGAAGACCACAAGCAAAAGGCAGCAGAUGACCAUAUUCAUGAAGUUGUGACCUCAUUUUCCACUGCCUCCCCUCUCCCCUCUGACAGCCCACCUCGACCUGGGUCACAUGACACUUCGACUGGAUCGACAUCUGCUCAGAGGACUGUGGUUGCUAAGGAGACUGUGGUUGUCAAGGAAACUAAGCAGACUGAACCUGCAGAUGACGAUGAAGACUGGGACUCUGAGGAUGAGGACAUAUCAGACGAAGACUAUGGUGGCCAUCUUGUUGUGGGAGUUCCAGGCUACCCUGGGGCGUACUCCCCUGUAGUUGGUGAGGUAGCUGACACCCCGCCUCUAGGCAUGGACCCUCCCAGGCCUGGCAUGGACUCUCCGGCAGUGGAGCCUACCACCCCACGGACUGCCCGAGACCACACCACCAGCACAGUCAGUGAUGAGGAAUCCAUGAGCGAGUGGGAGAGAGAACACAGACAGGCAAAGGAGGCCGAGAAGCUGCGAGAGUUAGAGGAGGAAGAAGAGAGGCAGAGGCAGUGGGACGAAGAGGAGGAAAGAAGGCAGAGGCAGCUCGAAAGAGAGGCACAAGAAGAACUGGAGCGUGAGCGUUCCCAGGAAUUCUCAGACAGUGAUUUCUCUGAUGAUGGUGACCACCUGCCAGACAGUGCACGGCAACCAUUGUCUGACCACUCCCAUCCAUCCCAGAAUGCAGCACAGCACUCUGCUGACUCACCCCAGGUCAGCCUGACAUCUCCACGGGCGCGAGAGCUUAAGAAACCUCCGCCCAAGUUGCAAGUUACAAGGUUUAUAAAGCCUGCCCCUCUCUCCCCCCGCGCAGGUCGUACCCCUGUACAGUUGGGUGAGAUUGAGAACGAGAGCCCGGCGCAGUUUGGGGACCAUGAAAGCCCCUCCCCUCGAAAUGUGAGACAGUUAGCCGCACCCGGCAAGAUGAAUCAGCAUGUGCCCAAGGGCAUGUUUUACGAUGAUGACUCAGAUGUGGAGGUGGAGGAGAUUGAAGAAGAGGUCAGCAACGACCUUGACAUGUCCUCACCACGCAAAGAAUUCCCAGGGGAUUUCCCUGUUGAUUCCCCCACAAUGAAUGUCCUAAACAAAGCUCCAGAGAGGGAUUCCUCAGAGAGGAAAUUCCAUGUGGAAUCCCCACAGAGGGAAUCUCUAGUAGGAAGAUUCCAAAAUGGUGGCCAAGAUGGCGAGUUUUCAAGCGAUGAUGAUAUAGAGAAUGCAGUGAUGCCUGAAACAAGAGAAGAACAGGUCAAGGAAACUGUUGUUGUGGCACAGUCUACUAGCCGUGUCAUGGCAGCCACGUCUUUGCCAGUGUUACGCACUGAGUCAGUCCUUCCAAGUGAAAGCUUUAAAGCAGACGGCAAUGAGUCCCCAUUGCUAGGCAUACCACCCCCACUUCCUGUCAGUGCCCCACCUGGUAACCAGAAGGCAAUGUCUCUGCGUAGCGAUGGACAGAGUGCAGAUGAUGAUGAGGUGGAACUAGACCAACCAGUCCGUGGCCCAAAGGGGUACGUCUCCUCCCUGUCUCAAUUCCCCGACCUGUCGGGCACCACGGGCCUGUACCGGUCAGGCCUGGACGUGCCAUUUGACGACGACGGCCUCUCAGUAACGUCCACAGAGAACGGAGACAUCUCCAGCUCAUACCGCCCAGAGAAUCUCCCAUACGGCAAAGACAUGUUGGUCAAUAUGAAUCUGAAUGACUCGAGUGCGGUGCUAAAGCUACAAGAACAUCUGAGGGAGCAUCGUAAACAGCUCGAGUACGAGCGCAGUCAGAAGAACAUCCUUGAAGAGAAGCAGCGACAGAUGACCAAAGAUCGCGCAGGUCUUCAAAAAUCUCUGGACAGUUUGAAAUAUCAGAAAUCAGUGUUGGAACAGAACAAGUUGGAUUUGGAGGCUAAAAUUAGACAACUGGAGUACCAGGUGAGUGACGAAGAAGAGAAGAAGAAGAAUGCAGAGCUGCUGUUGAAGAAGACCAAGGAACAACUGAGCAAGAAGGAGGGACAGUACACACAAGAGAUGGAGGCAAGACAGAGGGCUGAACUGUCCAUGAGGAAUGUCCAGAUGGAGCUGAGGGCUGCCCAGAACCAGAUGAAAGACCUGGAGGAUGAGAAGUUGGAGCUAGAGAGGAAGCUGACCAAUGAGAUCUCAGCCAAACAGCUACAGGAGCGAAUCAAUGAGGAACAGCAGAGACUUCAGCAGCAUAUCCAUGAGGAGUCUCAGCUCAACUCAUCACAACGGGAGUCCGAGGCUGGGGAAGAAGCUCGAACAGCCCUGGAGCUGGCAGAUGAUGACAUCAAGCACACUCGAGACCUCGUGGAGAAAUACAAGAAUGAGAUUAUUGCUCUCAAGGCAGAGUUACAAAAGCAGCGUCAGAGGCUGACAGAGGACAACUCUACACUGAGCGCAGAGAAUGACAAGCUUCAGGGGCGCUGUGAGGACUUGCGCUCAGAACUCAAGGACCACGAGGAGGCACUGACCCAGUACACGCUGCAGCAGAACCUGCACCAGCAGAAACUGAGCAGCGACAUCAACAUGCUGAGGGACAGCCUCGAUAAAGAGCACCUGGCCAGGGAGAAGAAUGAGGCAGAGUUGGACUCCCUGAGGAGCCGUCUGCAGACAACAAGCUCCCAGCUCGAGAAGUCACAGCAGACGCGUAACGAGAUUGAGAAGCGUCUCCAUAGCGACCGGGACGAGUGGGCCCGACAACUGGAGCGCAAGGAGGCGGAGUUAUCCAGCAUGAAGGACAAGGUGCAGGCUCACAUACACGCCCUCAACUCCCUGGAGACCAAACUGAACUCUGUGGAGAAUGAGCUGCAGAUCUCCAACACAUCUUUACUGGAGCGAACCAACCAGUAUCACCAGGCACAGCGAGAGAUGCAACACUACAAGACCGUCCAUGACAACCACGAUGUGAACAUGAGACAUGAGAAGGAGAUGAACAACAAGCUGCAAGCCAAAGUGGAGUCACUUCAAGACAGACUGUCCGGUCUUCAGCACGAGAACCUGACCUUGAAGCAGCAGGUGGACACGGCGCAGCACCUUGCCAGCGACCGCGCAGGCUACGACCUCCAGGAGAAACUAAACGCUAUGAUAGCCUCUCUCAAGGCGGACCAUGACAAGGCGCGUGCAAAUUUAGAGGAGAAGAACAACAGCCUUCAGGACACGAUCACCCGACUGCGAGAGGAAUUCGCAACUUCGCUCUGA